CGGUUAUGUAACUUCUUUGUAACUGCUUAGGUAGUUAGAAUUAUAAAUAUAGGGUGAAAGGGAAAAGGGAGGGCAUCUAGUAUUUUAUAUGUUGGUUGGUUUGGGAGAGACUAGGCUCUCUAAUUCAUAGAGGUUGUAAACAGUUUGUAUUUUAUAUCAAUUCAAUAACUGCCUUGCUGGAAGUUACAUCCACAGGCUUUGUUCCUGUAUUCUAGAGUUUCCAUGCUUAUCCUAUACUCACAUGUUCAUCAUAACCCUAAUAUCUAUGAUUGCAGUACCAAUUCUCUAGUAUAUUGUCCUAAGUAAACAAUCACAAUACCAGUUUCUAUCAAGAAGAUGCUGCCAACAAUUUAAGGUAGAUAAUCCAUGUCACAAUUGUUUUUGGGGCAGCAGGAUAGGAAUGGUAGGAAAGAGUGCAAAUUGGUGAUAGAGACUUAAAGUGAAAUUGUUUGGAAGCUAACCAAAUGAUGGGAUUAUGCAAAGAAUUUUUCUGUUAUAGUAUAUUCGAACCUAUUUUAUAGGAGCAUUCUUCUAUUGGGAAUUUCAAUGUCUGGUUGAUACUCUAUCUUCCAAAGAUUGAAGUCAAUUCAAAUCUUCUCCACAAACGGUUUCAUUCACUCGAAGUUGAAACAUAAUGGCAAAAAAAUAUGAGGGAGCUGCUAUUGGAAUUGACCUUGGCACGACGUACUCAUGUGUUGGAGUGUGGCACGAACAAAACGAUCGUGUUGAAAUCAUACACAAUGAUCAAGGAAACAAAACAACACCUUCUUGUGUAGCUUUCACUAAUAAACAAAGGUUGAUUGGCGAUGCUGCCAAAAAUCAAGCUUCCUCUAACCCAACCAACACUGUCUUUGAUGCAAAGAGGUUAAUUGGAAGGAAAUAUAGUGACUCCAUUGUUCAGAAUGAUCUAUUGUUGUGGCCAUUUAAGGUUAUUCAAGGUGCUAGUGAUAAACCUAUGAUCCUUGUGACCUACAAGGGGGAGGAGAAACAAUUUGUUGCUGAAGAAAUAUCAGCUGUGAUUCUCAUGCAGAUGCGAGAGAUUGCAGAGGCAUUUUUAGAGUCACCUGUUAAGAAUGCAGUGAUUACUGUACCUGCUUAUUUUAAUGAUUCACAACGUAGGGCCACUAAAGACGCAGGUCAUAUUGCUGGUCUCAAUGUAAUUCGGAUAAUCAAUGAACCAACUGCAGCAGCUCUUGCAUAUGGCCUUCAAAAGAGAGUUAACUGUGUUGAUCAAAGAAAUGUUCUUAUCUUUGACCUUGGCGGUGGAACUUUUGAUGUGUCGAUUCUCACAAUUAAGAAUAAGGACUUUGAAGUCAAGGCCACUGCCGGAGACACUCAUUUAGGAGGUGAAGACUUUGAUAACAGAAUGGUGAAUCACUUUGUGAAGGAGUUCAAGAGGAAGAACAAAGAGGAUAUUAGUGGAAACCCAAAAGCUUUGAGGAGGUUGAGAACCGCUUGUGAGAGGGCGAAAAGGACACUUUCUUACGACCUUGAGACCACAAUCGACCUAGAUGUUAUACAUCAAGGUAUUGACUUUGCUUCGUCAAUCACUAGGGCCAAGUUUGAGGAAUUGAAUAUGGACCUCUUUGAAAAAUGUAUACACAGUGUUAAUAGUUGUCUUGCUGAUGCUAAGAUGGAGAAGAGUAGUAUAGAUGAUGUUGUCCUUGUUGGUGGGUCUUCUAGGAUUCCCAAAGUGAAGCAAUUAUUGCAGGACUUUUUCAAGGGGAAGGAAUUAUGCAAGAGCAUCAACCCUGAUGAGGCUGUUGCUUAUGGAGCAGCUGUACAGGCUGCUUUGUUGAGUGAAGGCUUUAAAAAUGUUCCAAUCUUGGUGCUGCGUGAUGUUACGCCGUUGUCACUUGGUAUCUCAACAUACGGAAAUAUUAUGAGUGUGGUGAUUCCUAGGAAUACUUCUGUACCAUUCAAGAAGACACAAGGUUAUCUAACAGCUUUAGAUAACCAAUCUUCAGUCCCAAUUAAGGUUUAUGAGGGUGAAAGAGUUAUUGCAACCGAGAACAACUUGCUUGGUUUGUUCGAUCUCAAAGUUCCACUUGCUCCUAGGGGGCUUCCUCUCAAAGUAUGCUUUACUAUAGAUGCAGAUGGUAUAUUAAACGUAUCGGCAGAGGAAGAAACCAGCUGUUAUAGAAAUGGUAUCACUAUAACGAAUGAAAAUGGUAGGCUAUCAAGAGAAGAGAUUGAGAGAAUGAUCCAAGAGGCCGAGAAUUUCAAGGCGCAAGACAUGAAGUUCAAAGAGAAAGUUGAAGCAAGAAAUGCUUUGGAAUAUUAUCUCUACACUGUAAGGAAAGUAAUGAAGGAUGAUUGUGUAAGUUCCAAGCUCAACCCUGUUGACAAAGUGAAGAUUAAUUCUGCAAUGAUAAAGGGAGAAAGUAUGAUUGAUGAUAACAACCAGGAGGAUACGUUUAUGUUUGUGGAUUGUUUGAAGGAGCUUGAGAGCGUCUUUGAAUCUGCUAUGAACAAAGUCAACAAAAGUUAGUCAGAUGAGGAAAGAAAUUCCGAUUCCUAAUGAUAGUUUUUGUUAUUUGAUUUGCUUCCUGAUGUAUAAUGUCAGAGCUUCUUGUUCCGCAUUUUAAUCUUGUGAUUGUUUGAAUUAGUAGACUGCUGUGAUUGAAACACGCAAAAAUCUAUGACAUAACUAGUAUUUUGAUUUUAA